CAGAGAAUUUUCAGUCGCUUUUGACGUCAUGUUGGUGACGGUGUAGUGAGUUCUAGCUUCACAGGUUCUAACCGUUUCCCAUCGUUCUUUGGAUGUAAACGCUUCUGGAUUUCAGUUCUUUCAACCUGAAUCCUGCCAGUGUCUGUCCUAAAUGGCCACUGAAAGUGAAAAACAAGCGGAGACAGCAGAUGACUUUGCUGCGCAUGUGCAGUGACCCGAACGAAGAGGACAGAGGGUGGCCUGAGCGCGGAGAUUCCGCGCGUGCGCUCGGCUCGCUCGGUGCCACCGCAGCCGGGAGGCGAAGUGGAGUAUGUCAGCCCCGUUUGAGGAGCGCAGUGGGGUGGUUCCGUGCGGGACGCCGUGGGGCCAGUGGUACCAGACCUUGGAGGAGGUGUUCAUUGAAGUUCAGGUGCCGCCAGGCACUCGCGCCCAGGAUAUCCAGUGCGGCCUGCAGAGCCGGCAUGUGUCGCUGGCCGUGGGUGGCCGCGAGAUCCUCAAGGGCAAACUCUUUGAUUCUACAAUAGCUGAUGAAGGAACAUGGACUUUGGAGGAUAGAAAAAUGGUCCGUAUUGUUCUCACAAAGACAAAGAGAGAUGCAGCAAAUUGUUGGACUUCUCUUCUAGAAUCUGAAUAUGCAGCUGAUCCUUGGGUGCAAGACCAAAUGCAGAGAAAACUUACAUUAGAGAGAUUCCAGAAAGAAAAUCCUGGUUUUGACUUCAGUGGAGCAGAAAUCUCAGGAAACUACAGUAAAGGUGGACCAGAUUUCUCAAAUCUUGAGAAAUAAUCACAAUUUUCUUGCUGCAUUUUGUGGAUUCUAGCAGAUGUUGCCAGCUUAAUCAAAGGAAUAGAUUAUGUGAUGGAAGAAAACUGUGGAUGCCUACAGUUAACAAAUUGCAAAAUAUAUUUAAACAUGGCUCUAAUAAUUGCAUUCAAAUAUGAUUUACAUAGGAAACAUCUUAAAUAACUUGUGGGAACUCCAACUGAUACACGGUAACUUUUUUUGACUUGUUUUUUGCUCAGCAUGAAGUUUUAUAUGCUGCAUUUUACUAAUUUCAUAUUUAACCUGUAUUUUUAAUAUGAAAAACAUUAGGGUUUAGAUCAUGUGAAAUGACAGGGUGCCUUCAGGGAAAAUUAAGUUUUUCUUUCAAUAAGUGUGAUGCAGGAAUAAUGUUCAAUAAACUUUUCUAAAUAGGAA